AUGCCGUUUGGAGUGACGAAUUCACCUGCAAUCUUUAUGGACUACAUGAAUAGAUUAUUUCAUCCGUUCUUGGACAAGUUCGUGGUGGUGUUCAUUGAUGACAUACUCGUCUAUUCGAAAAGUGAAGAGGAGCAUGAGGAGCAUCUUCAUCUAGUGUUGCAAGUUUUGCACGACAACAAGUUGUAUGCUAAUCCGUCUAAGUGUGAAUUUUGGAUGGAAAAG